AUGGAUGUCAUACACAUUAUGCUCCAAUCGCCAUUUGUUAAGAUCUGGUUUCAAAAUCGGCGAUCCAAGUACAAGAAGAUGAUGAAAGCGGCGCAGGCACCGGGCGUUGGAGGAGGACUUCCAUUGGGUGGACCGAACCAGGGAGGCCACAGUCCGUCACAGCAUCAGAACAUGCAUCAAGCACCCGGUGGCGGAUCGAGCAGUGGUUCGCCUUCGCAUUUCCUACCUCCCGGCCACAGUCCAACGCCGUCUAGCACCCCCGUCUCGGAACUAUCACCUGGUCUUAGUCCGCCCUCGCAAGCACCCUGGGAGCAGAAACCGCCACCGCACUGGGCCGACCACAAACCGCCGCAGAUGGCACCGCAGACGAAUCACGCACCUCCGCAACCGACCCACGCACCGCAGAUGGGUGGCUACGUACCUCAGUACUGGUAUCAGCCGGAAACGAACCCGUCGCUGUUAACAGUGUGGCCAGCGGUUUAACAUAACGAGAAUGUAAAUUAUAAUUUUAACCAUUCCUAGUGCUUAAGCGACAACGGUAAGAACAUAACUCUCCUAGAUAAGGUUGGGGUUGGGCGAUAGAUAGGUGUGCGAACGGACCUAUUAUACUGCCGGCAUCGAACAAACCCUUACUAGAACAAUGAAAACAGAGGAAAAAAAAGUAAGCAAAUCAGAGCAGGAAACAAUUAAAACAUAAAUACAUUUAAAUUAAAAAUCCCGAGCAAGUAGAAGAAGGAAUCAAAUGAAUCGCAUCCUAAGUUUUAAUCCUUGGCACCGUGAUCCGUUCAUUUUAUAUGACCUGUUUUAGGGAGGCGAAAAUCUAGCUGCUAGCACGAUUUUCUCCUCUUUUUUUUCGUGUAGUAAUAUACUUGUUGCAAAGUGGCCGGUCCAGGACACAUUUCACAACGGACUCGGUCUAAAAACUAAAACACAACACAAAACGUAAAGGGGUUCUGUAUAUUUUGCGGUUUCUGUUCCGUUCCGAUGUAACUGUUACUUUUAAUUAGCAAAGAAUUCGCGACGAAUGCUUUUAGCCCAGUGUGUGUGUGUGCGAGUGUGUGUGUGAGUGAGUGAUUUGUUUUUAAUUCGCCAACUAAACCGGGAUCAAGCUCACCAGCAUCACACGGUACAAUCGGAACAGGUUCUGUGCAAUAUUUCUUAAAGCGUGUUACAAACAAAAUGCCACGUAUCCUUUAGUAAUGUACGUGGGUCCUGGAGCUUGAACCCGCUUGAUCGGGUUUGAUAAAGUAGUGUUAAAAGUUGAUCGGUUCGGGCUGCCUGUCUUUUAAAAUUAUUACAGAAAAAAAAAACCAUGGAAGAGUGUCUGUUACUUAAGAUCUGUUUCUAGAGUUUUUUUUUGGCUAAUUGAUGCAAGAAAAUCGAUCCUCAAGACUUUUGGCAACCAAGCAAGCUGACCAUAGGAUACCGCCAUUUUGAACCUACUUAGAACAGUGAUCAGUCGCUAUUUAAUUCAACAAAACCCCCUGGAAAAAACCACCACCAAGUUCAAUAUUGCUGUAAGCAUUUUAAUGUAGAGCGAAGCUUGCCAAUGAGAAAAAAGGAGGGAUAAAAAAAGCCUAAUUUGCCACAGAUCGUGCCCUGUAGACACGCGAUCUCACACCGGAAUGCCCGAAUCGAUGGCAUUUGGUUCGUGCUGGAGCCGUGGAAGGGAACGAACUUUCAACACUCGAGCUAAGCCUCUAAGCUUUGCGGCAGCGGAAUGGUAAUUUUAUUCUGCUCGCCCAAAACGCCGUCCGGGCAAUUGCCACACACGGAUAGAGUUGGGGAGUUCGUUUUCGUAAAACGCAAAAAACCAAAACCCGCCAAAACCCGAGGGAUAAGCUUUUAUUUCACCACACGCACACACACACACACAUACACACAUCGCCAGACAGACAGAUAGACAGGCGAACAAAGAGAGAAAAGCUACGAAAUAUGAUCGGGAAAGCUUGUGAAGUGAGAGCACAGGUGACGCUGCUGUGUCUCUGUUUUUUGUUUGUUUUAGGUUUUUGGAUAGUUUUUUUUUAGUAAGCCAAUUUUUGUACAUAGCAGAUUUAAACACAUGUCCCUGCCAGCGGGAUAGGGGGACACGUAUACCUAUACAUAAUGCUAAACAAACACACACACACACACAACUAUAAAUAAAGCAACUUAUUGACUAACAUUUGGAGCGAUCGUGGAAAAGGCCGUUAGCAUAGAAGGACACGGUAGGGCGCCCGGAAGCGUGAAACAUGAAAGUAUUUAAUUGAAAAUGAAACAUUUUAAAACAACAAACACACGGACACACCCGAAACUAAAACUUGAUGGCGUAACAUGUAAGGUAGUGAUAUAGCGUCGUACUGUACUGCGGCAGUAGAAGCGGUGAAAUAAAGUGGAAAAGAAAACCAUUACAAAAGUAAAACGGCAGACUGUGUGCGUUUGUUCAAUGAUGAGAGAAACAAGAAUAGAAAAUGAAAAUAAAAGCAAAAAUAAAAGUCAUAAAAUCAAUGCUGAAAAGUUUAAAGAAAAACAUGAGAAAACAUGAAAAAGACAUUAAAAAACACUAGUGUACAGCAUUGGGAAAAUGGAGUGGAAAAAAACGUAAGUAAACAAAACAAACGUAGCAAAGCACACAACCGGUUAACCAGAACAGCAAAACGCACCAAUCGAACGCGGUAACGCAAAAGGAGAAAACAAACUGUUUUAAUGCUGUGACCGAAGCUCUAGCACCCAAGUGUCUAGUUUCAACGGAUGGAAAAGGGUAAAAAAAUGGUAAUAAAAGAGAAAAAAUUGAACAUAAAAAAUCGAUCAUUUGGGUUUGUUUUCUCCCGCGUGUUGCGUUUUAGAAUUCCACCCAAAAUCGCCCCAUGCCGUUUCCCCACUUGGCAGUGUUUUUUGGAAGGUUUGGUUUAUUUUUUGGACUCAUCUGCAAAAGCUGGUAUGGUAAUGUAAUUAAACAAAUUAAACACAAACACACUAGAAGAUAAACCGUGUGGAGCCCGUAGCCAUGCUGAUUCCAGGUGUGUGUGUAUGCUGAAUGGAUUCAUCAGGUUCAAUGCAGUACAGUAGGCAAGCGAUUAGGCGAACAUAUUGUGUAUGUAUAUUUGCAAAAUUGAAAAAGAAAACCGACAAAACCAGUGGUAUUAAAGAUUAUUAUGAAAAUCUUAA